AUGCUAAGUUGUUUUGACUUAUAUAGAAUAUCUGCACAACUCUGCAAAGUAAAAAAUAAACCUGAUAUUGCAUUUGGUGGAAUGAAUAUGGUUUUUGCUGGUGAUUUUGCUCAGCUUCCACCUGUUGGUGGUGAGUCUGUCUCCUUAUACUCAUAUCGGAAACCAUCUGAUGCUGGAAAAUAUAAUGGACAAUGUGCCACUAUAGGGAAAGCUCUUUGGCAUAACAUUACUCAUGUCGUAAUUUUGCGCAAAAAUAUGAGGAACACAGGCAUGACUGAUUCAGAUCUAAAAUUUCGCAAAGCAUUAGAAAAUAUGAGAUACAAAGCUUGCACCAAGGAUGAUAUAUCUUUCUUGAAUACCUUGAUAUCUUCCAAAGCUCCUGGGCGUCCUUUCAUAGGGGUGCAACCUUGGCGCAAUGCUCCAAUUAUAGUGGGUGAAAAUAAGUACAAGGAUGAAAUCAAUAGAUUAGGAUGCUUGAGAUUUUCAGCAGACACUGGUCAAAAACUCACCAAUUUUUAUAGUGAUGACACGACUUCAAGUAACAUAAAUAUUGGACAAAGACCUGCUACCAAAAAAACAAACAUUCACAAACAUUCUACUAUUACAAGAGAGCUUCAAGAGCAUUUAUGGGAGUUGCCUACAUGUUCACAUGAGUUUCAUUCACCUCCUGUAUUAGCACUCAGUAUUGGCCUCCCAAUUAUAAUUAGACAUAAUGUGGCUACUGAACUGUCAAUUACAAAAGGUCAACGGGGUGCUGUUUAUGGUUGGCAUGAGGGUGUUGGGGCCCUUGGUCAGCGGGUAUUAGAAGUGCUAUUUGUACUUCUUGACAAUCCACCCACUCCAAUUCAUGUUCCGGAACUACCUCCCAAUGUUGUUCCUUUAACAAGGCGCAAAACUAAAGGAUUUGUAACACUGAAAAAUGAUGUGAAAAUUUCUAUUACUAGAAGUCAAGUUGAUAUACUGCCUGGCUUUUCCAUGACAGCCCAUGCCUCUCAAGGGCAGGGUUUCAAAACUAAUGCUGCAGACCUUAACAGUUUGAGUGACCAUCAUGCUAUAUACACUGCUUUGUCAAGAAGUUGCACAGCAGGUACAACUAUCAUUUUGCAAGGUUUUGAUUCAAGGAAAAUUACAGGAGGUGCCAGUGGUCAAUUGCGCCGG